AAUUGGCGUUAUCAUCGUCAAUUUAACUUCCUUACUUAUAGUUUGCUGUACGUAGGUGAUAAACAGCCGGUUCAAUUAGUAUAAAGGAAAGCGAAACUUUUUAAACAGCUACCGAACGAGGAAGUUUGGGAGGAAUCAUUUUCCCCUACAAGCAAGGCGAAAGUUUAAAUUUAACUUCUCGAUGGGUUACGAUGUUAAUAAAAGGUUAGUAGUGACAAGGUGGUCUAUUGGUGAAGUUCAGAAAGUCGCUUCGGUCAAGUACCCGAAACCUUCUUUUUCUUGUACAAAGAGAUACACCUGCUGAAGCUUGGAGUUCGCACACGUUUGCUGGUGUUGCUAUUCUUGUGAUGACCUCGCCUGUUGUCUUGUGGACGGUGUGAGCUACCGAAGAAAGGCCUCUUUUCAGUUUCAAAUUGUAAUCCACCGAAGUAAACGCAAUACCGCCGCCGCGAAAGUUACAAAAACGCGCAGUUGCCGUCUUCGAAAUUGUUUUGUGUGGUAAACAAGUUCUACAUCUCGUUGGUUGCAUAAAUGUUACGGUUUUUAAAUUGAUCUAAUGUAACAACUGUCGACAUAUAAAUAAACAAACGUAAUGAAGAGUUUGAAGAGGAAGUCGUGUAUCUACGCGGCAUCCUGCUUAACCGUUCGUCUGUAUUUCCGUCCUGAUAUUUAAUAGACUUUGCAAAACUAUCAUGUUGUACGUCACGUAAAAAUGUUGUUGCGUGAUAAUCGCAAUUGUUGAUACAAUGAUACGACGCGUGUGAUAAUUAAUAUAAAGUGAACCUGAACGCUUUCUUGAUAUGGCAAAAAUGUGAAUGAAGUGCCCGCCAAUAAUGUUCAAACAAAUAGUGCGACCGCUGGGGCUUAAGAAAGUUUUGUAUUUUCUUUUGCUGAUGUGCGGAGUGCUAAUUUUUUACCUGAUGCGACAUCAGUUCACAUCUUCAAGGAAACACCAACCGCGACUGUCUGCAAAACACCAAGAAACUAUCACAAAAUCUCCGCAGGACGGCGUGUGGACGUGGAAGUGUCAAGCUGACAAAUGCCAACGGCAUGCGAAAACACCAGAAGACGGCCAAUCGGUCUCUCUGACUACUUGCAACAUGCUGUGCGGAAAUAUGCAACUAUGGCCUAGUCCCACUGGGCCGGUGACCUUAGGUUCUCGAGGUCUAAUUUUUAGUUUGGACCAAAUACAUCUAGAAACUGUACUAGUGGGACCUGUAAAAGACCUUUUAGACAAAGCGUUCGCGAGCUUCGUAGGUAAUGUAGAAAAAUUAACGCGAAAUAAAAAUGGUGAUUUUAAACAUAGUGAUAUUAACAAAUUUAGGGUAUACGUAAAUGUGAUAAAUUCGGAUAUAACGAAAUUACAGAUCGGAACGAAUGAAAGUUACAGUUUGACGUUAAAAACUAUCGACACUGAUCUUGUGGCCAGUAUAAAAGCUAGUACGUUUUUUGGCGCGAGGCACGCGUUAGAGACCUUAUCGCAAUUGAUUUGGUGGGACGAAUUUGCGCACGGCGGUGUAUUGAAGGUAUUAAAAAUCGCAAGUAUUAGUGAUUCUCCCGCCUUUCCCUACAGGGGAAUAAUGGUGGAUACUGCCAGAAAUUUUAUUCCAAUCGAAAGUAUUAAGCGAGUGCUGACGGGAAUGGCUGCAAACAAACUGAACGUGUUCCACUGGCACAUCACGGAUUCUCAAAGCUUUCCAUUUGCGUCUCCGCGGGUACCCAAAAUGAGCAAGUUUGGUGCGUACAGUAGCGACAUGGUUUAUCAUCCCGAAGAUAUCAAGGAUGUCGUGGAUUACGCGCGAGUCCGAGGGAUAAGGGUUGUUAUAGAAAUAGAUACGCCCGCACAUGCUGGAAAUGGAUGGAAUUGGGGACCAACGGAAAGUUUGGGCGAUUUGGCGGUUUGCGUGAAUCAACAACCGUGGAGCGCGUAUUGUGGCGAACCGCCAUGCGGUCAACUAAAUCCUACGAACCCAAACAUGUACAAUGUAUUAGAAAAACUUUACAAAGACAUUUUAGAUUUGAGUGAGGAGACCGAGAUCUUUCAUUUGGGAGGGGACGAGGUGAAUUUGGAAUGUUGGGGCCGCGAGGUGAAAUGGAACAAUCCCAAAACAAAUUAUACAGAUUUACACGACCUGUGGGGCGUUUUCACACUAAAAGCUUUAGAAAGGUUGAAAAACGCAAAUGGUGGCAGAUUACCGAAAUAUGUAGUAAUGUGGUCUAGUAAUCUCUCCAAGAAACCAUACACUUCUAAAUAUUUAAACAAGCAUAAUAUUAUUAUACAAGCGUGGGGACCAUUUCAGUGGGGACAAACGACCGAUUUGUUACAGGAGGGCUACCGUUUAAUUAUUUCUCACGUUGAUGCCUGGUAUUUGGACUGCGGGUUUGGCCGUUGGCGAGAAACGGGAGAAGCAGCUUGCGACCCGUAUCGCACUUGGCAGUCCAUAUAUUCUCACAGACCUUGGGAAAGUAUUUCUGUGAGUAAGGAGAAGAUACUAGGGGGAGAAGCAUGUCUGUGGAGUGAGCAGGUAGACAGCGAUUCGCUUGACGGCCGUUUAUGGCCUCGCGCGGCGGCAUUUGCCGAAAGAGUUUGGACGGAUCCUGUCACAAACCAAAUUAACGGAUUCGCGUUAGAUGAAAAUGUAUAUACGCGUUUAAGUACGCAAAGAGAUAGGUUAGUAGAGCGUGGACUAAUUGCUGAAGCAAUAUGGCCUCAGUGGUGUACACAAAAUCCGGGCAUGUGUCUUUGACCAAUGUGUAACUUAUUAGAAAUUGCGUUUAUAUAUAAUCUAUUUUACUAUAAUCUGGUCAUUCUAGUCCCAUAGAUUGGAUAGUGAGACUCUUCGUAGAUUUUAUACUGUUACGUGGUGUUCAAAUCAGCCGGUUUGGUUCGCACCUUUUUAAUUAAUUAAAUGUUUUUACCAUUGAACCAAAUUUACCUACUUGUACAUAUUUUGUACUUACACAGUUUUGUAAAUAUAUACCUAUUAUGAUGU